GAAACACAAUAAUAUCUUGUCAUGACAGUUGAACAAUUUGCCGUGCAUAAGGAAAGUACCUUCAGUGUUUGAUCGGAUUUGGAAAUAGGAUGAGUUGUGCCGAAGUCAUGUAUCAGUUUUAUUCACCAUAUUUUCCUUACAAAUCUUCUGCCGAAGAGAGUCAGAAGUUUAGUGUGCCUAGUAUGUAUGAUAGUCAUACAAGUAGUACAAGUGGGCAUUUUUUAGACAGUAAUAAUUCUUCAAGAGAUAAAGAAGCCGAGAUAGAAAAAGAACAGCCACAAGGUUCACAAUAUCUCAACCCUAAUUGUUUAUUAUUGACAUAUUUUAGUGGUGAUAUUGCCUCAAACGUUGAUGAACAUUUUAGUAAAGCAUUAAGUCAACCUAGUAGUUAUACAGUAGACAGACAAGGCAGUAAACAUUACGGAAGAACAGAUUCCACAUUAAUGUGUCAAAGAAAAUUACCACCUUCUUUCUGGAACAGUGCAUACCAACCAGCAUCUACAUCCACCUCGCACAGUAACUUCCCUCUUGGUGCCGAGACUUAUUUUCCUACUUCUUUUUACGGAUUCCCUAAAAACUGGCCUUAUUAUUCAUCUCAAGCACAUUCUUAUGGACAAAGUGCGCACGGUUUAUCAUAUUCUGGUAUGGAUUCAGCCAGUAGACUCAAUUCACAUUACAGUUCUUUAAUGAUGCAAAGUCCUAGUUUAUCAGGACGAUUAGACACUAGACACAGCCAAUAUGAUUUAGGAAAAGGAGCCGAUGCAUUCCCUUCAAGUUAUUACUCUAUGGGAAGAUUUGGUGCUGACGUUGCCUCGACGAUGGGUAUGGAAUCCGGCAUCGCAGGUCUUGAUCUACCAGGACAACACACAAAGAAAGAAUUAUAUUGGUGAUAUAAGCAUUAAAAGAAUCAAGUCGUGUUCAAAUUGUGACCUUCCUAAAAGACACUUAAUGUGUAACUAUACCUCCACGUGCAUCACCAAUAAUUGCUCAUGACCAUCGUUCAAAAUGGCUGCUAUAAGUGUCAGGGGUAGAUGUAUGCGCGUGGUAUGCAUCCAUCUUCCAUAAUGUGCCAAAUUACGCUUAUGUGAUUAACACGGAUGUUAGACAGACAUAAAGGCAUCAGACUUUGUUGUUGAUUUUAUGAAUAUGACGUAAUUAACAGCUGUACAUUGACGAUGAUUGACAGUUUAAACAGCUGAUUAUCGACCAGCAAUGGCCGUCCUAUCUCCCGCUGAUAUCACAACGAGGUUUAGACCUUGACACUAAUCACGUGAUACUCAGUGUGUGUGUUUGUUACUUAAAAUUGACAAUAAGUAAAUAUUUUGUUGUUAUAAUUGUGUAAAUAAUAUAUUAUCAUGUUUUAAUGACUACAAACUCUCGUGUUCAUCCUCAUCAAUAAUGUUCCAUUCAAAUGAAUUGUACUCAUCAUUGUGAAUAAAAUAUGACCAUUGAAAUGAAAA